UGGCGUUCACACACACAGGCUGGAGUUUAUCCGCUCUGAAAUGAAGUCAAGGCCGUGUUUUGGUUCUGAGAUGGGGGGUCGAUAAGGUUACCGGGUGAGGAGUGAGAGAUAUUCGGUCGGUGUUGAGAUGUGUGCAGUCGUUGUGCUCAAUUAGCUGCCAAGUACAGGAGCUACCUAGCUAGCUAGCUAGCUAACAUCAUUGAUGGUCGGCAAGAGCGGGAUCAGGUGGCCAUGGACGCCUUCCUCCAGCUGAUCUUGCUCAUCGCCGUGAUCAGCUUCUGCUUCUUCCAGUGGCUCUUCCACAGCGUGAGUCCCUGGGUGUCAUGCAGGAUCAGCCCAGGCUUUCUGAAGCUCAGCUACAAGCAGCAGAUUGAGUGGAACUCGAGGACGGUGUCCACACUCCAUGCAUUUCUGGUCGGGCUCUUUUGCCUCUACAUCCUCUUCUUCGAUGAGGCCGUCAAUCAGGACCCCGUGUGGGGAGAUCCUACGCUCGUGAAGAUAAAUGUGGGAAUAACAACAGGCUACCUCAUAUCUGAUCUGCUGCUCAUAAUUUACUUUUGGAGGGCGAUAGGGGACAAGUUUUUUGUAAUUCAUCACCUGGCAGCAUUGUAUGCUUACUACUUUGUACUGGUGAGUUCCCUAUUGUCCAGUAGCAGAAUGGGCAGGCAAGAUGGGAAAGAGAUGACCGAGGGUGAACAGCAGUGCUGCUUGAUAGAAAAAGCUUUGGCCCGAAAGGGCCAAGGAAUGUUGCCUUAUUUCGCAAACUUCCGUCUGCUUGCAGAGUUUUCCACGCCGUGUGUGAAUCAGCGCUGGUUCUUUGAAGUCUUAGGCUACCCAAAAUCCUCCAAGCUCAACAUUGCCAACGGCGUGCUGAUGGCGCUCGUGUUUUUCAUGGUGCGCAUCUCCGUCAUGCCUGUUUACUACAGCCGUAUGUACUCCGUCUACGGCACGGAGGCCUUCUACCGCGUCUCGUUCGGCGGCCGCAGUGCCUGGAUCUUCUCCAGCUUCUGUCUGGACAUCAUGAACGUCAUGUGGAUGCAUAAGAUCGCUCGCGGCUGCUACAGAGUCCUGCGAUCCAGCCAGCAGAUCAAAACCCAGACACUUAAAAACGGAAAGGCCGACUGAAGGAUGGUGAAACGUUUGCUCUCUGUGGUAAGGAAUUGAGAAGGGAUUUUUCACGAGGCGGCUGUUUGUUUUUGUCGGCGUCGGCAUUUCGAAGCAGAGAUAAGAAACCCAGAGCAAUACGUGAAGGAAGUGGCUGAUGCUAUCAGAACAGUGUGUUACAAGUGAACCGCGGAUGUUAAAUUUUUAUAAACGUUGCUUGUAAAGACGCUGAGCUCACAUCCUGAACCACCUACUUCAUCUACAGUGAUCUGGGCCGUGCGUACAAACCCGACUGUAUUUUAUUUCAACUUUCUUAAGUUUUAAUGUCUUUUUUUAACCUUCGUUUUAUAGACUACAGCUUUGUGCUAAAGGUCCUUCAUUUUCUGGUAAAGGUCCUUCAUUUUAAAGUUAUUUAUCAAAGUCACUGCCAUCUAUAGGACGACGAAACGUCUAGGGUCGCAAGACACCACCAAUGUUUCAUUUCCUUCCCUUGCUGUGAAGGAUCCAUUCUGACCUGUACUGUACCACACAAGGACUCCAAAAUGCCAUCUUCAGGUCACCGAGGCUGAGAGACUUAAACUGUGAAUCAACAUGGACUAAAUAUUUCAAUAUUUUAUACUGAGGUUGUGAUGAUUGGGAAGAGAACCGAGCUGUCGACGUGCUGGAGGACACGGCAUACAUUUUUUUUGCUUAUUGGACGUCGUAAAUGAUGCUGAAAUCCAUCCAGGCGCUUAUGAAUUUGGUUUGUUUGGAGAGCUGCUCACACUGUUUAGCCACUUUUGAUUUUGAAUUGUAAGAUAGUGGAAUGACUUCCACACAGCAGGUUUGUGUCCACUUCGUACACUUGAUCUGUUCUCGCCAUGCUGUGGUUCUAUGAAUGUUUUGCAUCGUGCAUAUUCUGUUUAAGUAAGGUCCUACUAAUUUCACGGACCUCGUUUUUUAAAAAUCACAGAUAUAGAUUUAUAAAGAAAAGAGUCACAUUUCACGCCAGUCAUUAAAUGACACAUAAAUUAAGUGAUAGAUUAAAUAGAAGCUACAAUACACAGCACAGCUACCUUAACGGUUGAAUGUAAACCUAGAACAUCCAGCGACGGUUAUGUCUCAAAUAUGAAAUUUCUCAUCCGUGUUUUGACCCCCGUCUCUGCGUCCACAGAAUUGGUUGUUAGUGUUCCAAACUCAGUUACCCGAGUCGUGUUUUUAGCUGCUUUACACUUCAACAUCUUGGACAUUUUGACUAAGCGAUUGCUAACUGAAUUGCCGUAGGAUUGCUAGGAUCGUUUCAUAGUGCAAAUUAACCAGUAAACGUGAGGAACUUGAACGCUACACGAAUGAAAAACGUUAAAUGGCUAAACACAAACCUCAAAGUUUGAAUUUCACAGCAAAUUGCGUAUUACAUGGUAGGGCUUUAAGUAUGAUUAAUAUUUCAUAAAGGGAUUUUCGUACAAAGCCAACAGUCUGCUUCAGUCAUGGAUGUUAAUGUUCGGUCACAUUCACACUCCCAAGCACUCACACUUUUGAUAAGUUGUUUAGUUUGUUUAAUUUAUCUGACAAACCGUUCUUUGUAUCUGGCAAAACAGAUUCUGGUCACGCAUAAAUAGAAGAAGCUCAAAAACAUAAUUUAGUAAUUGAAAACAUUAGAAUACACAUUCAUAAGUUUGCCCUGUAGUCCACUUUUGCCUGAAGUUGCAAUCAAAAUGUGUUUGGCCAAAUGACCACUAAAAUAUAAAAGGAUUCUAAAUAAGAGAGUCAGGAGAGGCUUUAUUGUCAUUUCAGCGCUAUACAACUCCAUACAUAUUGAAAUGAAACAACGUUCCUUCAGGGUCAGGGUGCAACACAGAAUAUACACAGAUAACAGCUCUACAAUAAAUACAAGAGACAUUUCUAAUCUAAAGAAACUGAGGGGGGCGAGACCAAAGACAAGAGUAGUGUUGGCCAGUACGUGGUACUGAGUAAAUGAUAAGUGAGAUAAAAAAACAUUCUGAUAUCACAGUUUGCAUCACAGGGCAGCACGGUAGCUCGGUGGGUAGCACUGUCACCUCACAGCAAGAAGGUCCUGGGUUUGAUCCCCAGGCGGGGCGGUCUGGGUCCCUUCUUUGCGGAGUUUGCAUGUUCUCCCCGUGUCUGCGUGGGUUUCCUCCGGGAGCUCCGGUUUCCAUCCACAGUCCAAACACAUACAGUCAGGUUAAUUGGAAACACUGAAUUGCCCUAUAGUGUGUGUGUGUGUGUGUGUGUGUGUGUGUGUGUUUGCCCUGUGAUGGACUGGCGCCCCGUCCAGGGCGUUACUGUGUGCCUUGCGCCCAUUGAAAAGCUGGGAUAGGCUCCAGCGCCCACCCGCCUGCGACCCUAAUUGGAUAAGCGGUUAAGAAAGUGAGUGAGUUUGCAACACAGGCUGUUGUGUGCAUAUUUAAUUUUACUUUAUUUAUUUUAAAAACUAUGGAAUUUUUAACCAAGACAAAGUAGAAACAAUCCUUAAAUUCUUAAAACGCAUAUAAAACAACAUACGAAACAACGCUUGACAAGGGCUAUAGACUGAUAUCAAAAUGACCUACCCUCUCCUGUCAUGAAUAUAACCAUUGUGUAAACACGGCUAAACAAAUAAAUCAAGUCAAGUCAAAUUUA